UAUACUUGAGGAGGAGAGGGGGAGUGUAAGGGAAGAAGAUGGAGAAAAUAUCUGUUGCAGUGAGAGUGAGGCCUCGGACGCCGGAUUCUUCAUUGGAAGUCUUCUGUGUGGAAAGUGGAAGACAAUCGUAUCUCUCUCUCUCUCUCGCAGUCGCUUCUUACUCUUUCGAUCAUGUGUUCGACGAAUGCGUGCGUCUACGAGCUUCUUACCAAAGACAUCAUUCAUGCCGCCGUCGAGGGUUUCAAUGGUACUGCGUUUGCUUAUGGACGGGUUCUGAGACUGAUCCAGGGAUUAUUCGAAGAUCUGUCAGAGAUGUAUUUGAAAGGAUACAAAUGAUAUCGGAUCGCGAAUUUCUUAUCCGGGUUUCGUACAUGGAGAUUUAUAACGAAGAGAUCAAUGAUCUCUUAGCUGUUGAGAAUCAGAGACUGCAAAUUCAUGAACACUGGGAGGAGGACUUUGAGGGGCACGCUGAGAAAGUCAAGAAGCUCACCGCGAGCCCAUCGAACGAGGACUUGCUCAUCCUCUACGGGCUCUACAAACAAGCCACCGUUGGUCCAGUGACCACCAGUCGUCCUGGAAUGUUUAGCAUGAAGGAAAGAGCCAAGUGGGAUGCUUGGAAGGCCGUUGAAGGGAAAUCGACGGACGAAGCCAUGAGUGACUACAUCACUAAGGCGAAGCAACUCCUUGAAGCAGAUGCUUCCUCGGCUUCAGCUUGAUCUUGAUGGUGAUUUUAUUAAAUGCAGUAAUUCUAUCUAAGCUUCAAAUAACUUUUUAGAAUAAGACUUGUUCUUUGCUACUUGUGUGUUUUCUAUCGUCAUGAAUCUAUUUAUGACCUUGGUCUCA